CCCAAUUCUCCUCCAUCCUCAUCCUGUGUUUGAUCAAACAACCUUGACCCUUUCUUUCCCUUCCUUCAGUAUUGACCAUCUCGACUUCUUCCCCCCUUCUCUUUGUCUAUUUCUCCACUUUAGCUCUUUAUCCACCUCUCCUCUACUACAUCCAUACCAUAUUGCCCUUGUUAUCGUCACUCCAACCACAACAUCCGCCAUCUCGAGGCACCCAAACCAUACCCCAGUUCUCCCAGUCACCCAUCCCGGGAUGGUCUUCUUGGCCUCCCGUUUCUAAUAUCCCGCAAGCCUUCAGCUCGAUAGUCCCGAGCUGUUCUUGCCCCUUGCAUUAUCACCCUGGCACCAACACCUCAUCCACACACUCCAUACGCGAGUCCUGCCACUCUUCCCACCGUUUCAAGUCUCUCCUCCGACCUUUUAUUCCCCUUCACUACGGCCUCCGUAUAUCAUCAUCCCCUCCGAGUCGGACAGCAUUCCUUUAGGCCUAAAAUGACGCGCGUCAACUCGAUCAUCGGAUUCCGUCCCAUUCCGGUGACACUCCUCACAGUUAUCACUUACGUCUCGUUAUUUUCUGCUCUCUUGUUUAUCGAUCGACAGCCACCAGCGGUGGCGAAGAAGGGAGAAUUGGAUUACUGGGGAGUAGAUAUUGAGGAGGCCUGGAGUGAUCUAGAGGUAUUGACGAGGGACUUUCAUCCGUACAAUAGUCGACCGAAUGAUGAUGUUCGAGCCUAUCUACUGGGGAGGGUUCAGGAAAUAUUAAGUCGGAACGGGGUCUCAGGAUUUGGGAACGAACUCCAAUCGUCCGGGUACUCGGGAACGGUAGAUCUAUUCGAUGAUGGAAUUCCAGGAAAGCCUGGUAGUAAUGUCACGUUUGUUGGCGCCGGGAGCGAAGAUCUCACGGUAUACUUUGAAGGAACCAAUAUAAUUGUUUAUAUUCACGGAGAACGGCCCGCCGACGAAUUGUCACCCGUACUUGUCAGUGCUCAUUAUGAUAGUGUCUCCACUGGUUAUGGUGCAACCGACGAUGGUGCUGCCGUUGUCUCGAUUCUACAGAUAAUCAAAUCAUUUACUCGCCCUGAAAGCCAGGGAGGGAAGAGACCUAAACGUGGGUUGGUAGCCUUGUUGAAUAAUGGAGAAGAGGAUUUCUUGAACGGAGCAAGAGCAUUUGCCAUGCAUCCCGUGGCCAAACUACCACAUUCGUUUUUGAAUUUGGAAGGCGCUGGCGCUGGUGGGAGAGCAACGCUCUUCAGAUCCACCGACGCCGAGGUGACGAAAUACUACAAAAGAGCAAAAAGACCUUUUGGAACCAUCGUUAGCGGUGAUGGCUUUAAGGCCGGACUUAUCAGGAGCGGUACAGACUACUCUGUUUUCGUCGAGAACCUUGGAAUGAGGGGUCUCGAUGUAGCAUUCUAUCAACCCAGGAGUCGGUACCACACUACAGAAGAUGACGCCAGACACUCAAGCAAAAGGUCACUUUGGCACAUGCUUGGCGGAUCUUUGGCUACGCUACGAGGCAUGACCGAUGAUACUAGCAAAGUCUUUGAUUCACCAAAUGGAAGCGCCGGGAAAGGUCACAACGCGGUUUGGUUUGAUCUCUUCGGCCGAGCUUUCUCGGUACUUCAUUUACACACAAUUUUUGCCUUCACCAUCACGUUGAUUGUUGUUCCAUUUGUUGUGGUGCUAGUAGCCAUGUGGGCUCUCGGGCAUUUCGACAAGUUAUACUUUUUUUCAAACACAGCCUAUAUACCACCCCCACCAGAACACUCCAUCGCUUCGAGAACGACCCAGGGAUGGCGUGGGGUACUACGUUUUCCAGUGGCGUUCGUCGCAGCCAGUGCCGGUGUUGUAGGAAUGGCCUUCCUAAUCAAUAAGAUUAAUCCAAUGGUUGUUUAUGCCUCACAAUAUACCGUUUGGACCUGUUUCCUAUCCACCUGGUGGAUCAUCGCGUGGGUGAUCCUCCGGGGCGCAGAUGCAGUUAGACCCACGGCGUUGGCCAGGGGCUAUGGAUUCCUUGAGCAAUGGUUACUAUGGCUUGUGGCUAUGAUCGGGGUCGCUAUAAGUAUCGGAAAGUCGCAUUUGGGCAGCGGAUACUGGGUGCUCGUCUUCUACUCUGGGUUCUUUACUUCUGCUUUUAUCUCCCUUUUAGAGAUGGCCGCACUUCAGAAGAAGAGUGAAGUUAAGAUUGCUGUCAGCGGAGAUGAUCAGGCGUAUCCCCCGGAAGAACAUUCUCAGACUGGAGCGUCGGGCAAUAUCUCUAACCGCGCCGCCAACGACGAUGACGAUGCCGGCGAACACGCUACUGAAGAGACACCGCUUUUUCGUGGACCCAAUAGACCAUUGUCCUUUGCUCCCCACAGGAACCCUCGAUACGACAAUGGCGAUCACGAUAGUGGGGAUAUCCUUGUUGAGGAGAAGGAUGAGGCGGUCUAUGGGGGUGAACAAGGGUGGAGCAAGGAUUUACCAUCAUGGACAUGGAUUCUACAAUUCUUGGCGACAGUACCUUUACAACUAGUAUUGGCUGGCUCGGUGGCGCUCCUUCUUGGGAAUGCGCUGGCGCAGACCGGGGCUGAUGGAAGCGACAUGCUUACAGUAUUAUUAGGUUUUGGGGUAUUUUCGAUAAUUCUGUUACUACCCGUGGCGCCCUUUUUGCACCGUAUCACUUACCACGUCACGUUGUUUAUAUUUGUGAUCUUCGUUGGGACGUUUAUCUACAACCUAGCAGCGCCCCCUUUCUCGCCAAACGCGAGAUUGAAGGUUUACUUUCAGCAAACAGUAGAUCUUCAAACAGGAGAAAACAAUGUCCAUCUCGUCGGACAUCCGGAUUAUAUCGACAGAAUUGUGUCAAAACACAUUCCUAGCGCAAAAGGUAAAGUUGAUAUAUGUCAAGCCGACAAGCUCAAAUCUGGAUUACGCAGAUGUUCCUGGAAGGGGAUAGCACCAAGAGUUGUGCCACAAGCGCCUGGUGGCAUGCCACCCGAAUACGGCUUCAGUGAUUGGAUCUCUUACAAUGUCACCAAGACUGGGGACGGAAAAGCGACGAUAAAACUCAGGGGGAGAAAUACCCGGGCAUGCAAACUAUUGUUUAACAAGCCACUUGCCAAAUCCCCCACCCUUGGGAACCCCAUUCCGGGGUUCCCGAAUACUAGAGAGCUGCGGCUCUGGAGUAGAGAUUGGGAACGAGGGUGGAGUGUGGAGCUGACUUGGGAGAAGGAAGAGGAUCAGGAGGAAAACAAGGAUAGCCAUUCAUCAGCUAUAGUUGUUUGCCUGUGGAGCGAUGGAAAUAAGGUGUCUGACGAGAUCCCUGCAUUGCACGAAAUAAGGAGGUAUCUGCCAGUUUGGGCCAUUGCGAGCAAGUUGGCGGAUGGACUUGUGGAAGGAUCUGUUCCCUUCAUGAUUUGAUUCGAUUCGAUAGGUCGCUAUGAUACGGUAUAAACCUGUCAACCUAUCCAAUAGAGGGCGGCUGUUCGGUCGGUGUGCCUUCACAUCUUUUUUCCUUUUCCUGCCUGCCUGGCUUUCUUUUUUCUUUUCUUCUCUCACUGCUAGUCUAUUCGGGAAAAGGAAGCCCGAAGCGGGCAUGGACUAGACAUGUAUGGUGGUGGACUUUCCGUAUACGGUAAUUUUAUGAGGGAAUCUCAGUAGGGUUCAUUCAGGUGCAAGUUACAGUAAGUUGACGUUGGGGGAAAAGUUGGUCGGUGGGACAGAGGGAGCUUGAGAGAGAGGGGGGCCGAUCCCUUGCUUCUAGUUAUUAUUCCCUUGAUUGCAUGCGCGUUUGGUGGGAUUUCGGUCCAUUUUUUUCCUUCGUUUCUUUUUGUGCGUGCGGGGGACGGUAGGGUGCGGAAUGGUGGUGGGUGAGCAGACCUGAACGAAUUGAACCAAACAGCACCCGAUUAAAUUGCGCCCAAAAGGCUCCUCGGAUACCA